AUGUCGAUGAUCACAGCGACGACGUGGGUCCCCCGUGGAUUUGCUGCCCCGUUCCCGACUAAAUACACCUUCGACGAGGAGGAGUUCGCGCGCAUCGCAGAGCUUGCGAAGCUCCAACUCGACGAUGCAAAUGAAGACCUCGAGGACGCGCGCAAGGAAUCUACCGACGAGAAAGACCCAGAUGUCAUGGAAGAGGAUGAUGGAUCGGAUGACGAAGCCCCUACAAAAAAGAUCAAAACACAAGGAGAUGAAGAUGAUGAUCUGAAGGAAUAUGACUUAGAUCACUAUGAUGAUGACGAAGAGGGGGACGAAAAAGAAGGAGCUGCUACUGGAAUGGGGAUGUUCGGAAACGUCAAAUCGCUGGCCUACCACGAAUCGAACGACGACGAUCCCUACAUUACCAUGAAAGAGAACGAGGAGGAUGACGAGGACCGCGAAGAACUCCAGAUCCUGGCAACAGACAAUAUGCUUCUGGCAGCCAAGAUUGAGGAUGAGGUAGCGCAUCUGGAAAUCUAUGUCUACGAGGAUGGAGCCGACAACUUAUACGUGCACCAUGAUAUUAUGCUGCCCGCAAUUCCUCUGUGCGUAGAAUGGUUGGAUCUGCCCGUGGGGAAGUCGAACGUGGAAAAGGACUCCAGAGCAAACUUCGUGGCUGUGGGAACCUUUGAUCCUGAUAUCGAAAUCUGGGACCUGGAUACCAUCGAUUGCAUGUACCCGAACGCGAUCCUUGGACAAGGGGGGGAGAGCAACGAUGGCGGCACGGGAGAGAAGAAGAAGAAGAAGAAAAAGAAGAAGUCCAAGAAGUCCAACGAUGAUUAUCACGUGGACUCGGUCCUGUCUCUGGCGGCGAACCGACACCACCGGAAUCUACUGGCCUCGUCGUCUGCGGACAAAACGGUCAAGUUAUGGGAUCUAAGCACGGCCAGGUGCGCCAAGUCAUACAACUACCAUACCGACAAGGUCUGUUCAUUAGCGUGGCAUCCCACCGAGACCACCAUUCUGUUGAGUGGAAGUUACGACCGAACGGUCGUAGCUGCGGAUAUGAGAGCGCCGGAUGCGAAAGCGCCCACGUGGGGAGUGGAGAGCGACGUUGAGACUGUUCGGUGGGAUCCUCAUGAGCCAAAUUUCUUCUACGUAUCGACCGAGAGCGGGGUCAUCCAUUUCCAUGACGUUCGCAAGGCGCCAGCGAAUCCAGCACAGAGCAAGCCCGUCUGGAUCCUGCAAGCCCAUGACGAAUCUGUCUCAGCGUUCGAUGUCAAUCCUGUGAUCCCCGGAUUCAUGGCCACUGGAUCUACCGACCGACAGGUCAAGCUUUGGAAUAUCCAGCCGUCGGGCCCUUCCAUGGUUGUUUCGCGAGACCUGGAUGUCGGCAAGGUAUUUUCGACUACAUUCGCACCCGACGAGGAGGUCGGGUUCAGAUUGGCCGUGGCGGGUAGCAAAGGCCUCGUGCAGGUCUGGGAUACUUCUACCAACGCCGCUGUCCGGGGAGCCUUUGCGGACAAGGUGGCACCGGUCGAGGGAGAGAUCCGGGAGCGACUGGUUCGCAUGAACAACGAUGACAGUGAAUCAGAAUCUGGGGGAGAGGCGGACAGCGGAGAAGCACAUGCUGGUGGUGGUGGAGAGGGCUGGGAGUCGAUGGAUGAGGAAUGA